GGCGGAGCCGGCGUCGCCUUGGGGGCGGGAGGGCGACAGCGGCCCGGCGGGGCAGGCCGGCGGACAGGCGGACAGGCGAGAGAACCGGCAGGGUGGGAGGACCGGCAGAACAAGGCGACCCAGGGCGCUGGGGAUGUGACCCGGCAGCCAGACGAGGACCCCGUGACAGGGCAUCCACAGGUCCUGCCCCUGGACACUUGGCCCUCGACCCAGCCUGGCCAUGGCGCUGUGCCUGAAGCAGGUGUUCGCCAAGGACAAGACAUUCCGGCCGCGGAAGCGCUUUGAGCCCGGCACACAGCGCUUUGAGCUGUAUAAGAAAGCUCAGGCAUCGCUCAAGUCAGGCCUGGACCUGCGCAGUGUGGUGAGGCUGCCCCCGGGGGAGAACAUUGACGACUGGAUCGCCGUGCACGUGGUGGACUUCUUCAACCGCAUCAACCUCAUCUAUGGCACCAUGGCGGAGCGCUGCAGCGAGACCAGCUGCCCAGUCAUGGCCGGCGGGCCCCGCUACGAGUACCGCUGGCAGGACGAGCGCCAGUAUCGGCGGCCGGCCAAGCUCUCGGCGCCGCGCUACAUGGCCUUGCUCAUGGACUGGAUCGAGGGCCUCAUUAACGACGAGGAUGUCUUUCCCACGCGCAUUGGAGUUCCCUUCCCCAGGAACUUCCAGCAGGUCUGCACCAAGAUCCUCACCCGCCUCUUCCGCGUCUUUGUCCACGUCUACAUCCACCACUUCGACAGCAUCCUCAGCAUGGGGGCCGAGGCGCACGUCAACACCUGCUACAAGCACUUCUACUACUUCAUCCGCGAGUUCAGCCUGGUGGACCAGAGGGAGCUGGAGCCACUGAGGGAGAUGACAGAGCGGAUCUGUCACUGAGCCCAGGCCUGAAUGUUGUUGCUCGUCAGAUGGAUCAUCUGAACACAGAGUGGCUAGGGGAAGGGACCCUCAGGAGUCUGGUGACAGAGAAAUCUGCAGGCCCUGGGACCCCUCCACACACCCAAAGCCCCUGGACUUCUGGUCCUCAGAAGUCCGCCCACAUGUCCCCCUGACUGCUUGUGAAUGGUGAAGGGGAUAGCUUAAAAGUGGGCAAGCAGAAGGGAAGGAGGAGCUAACCCUCUGGCAUGAAGUCUAGGGGCAGGGUGGGCUAGAGGGUCUCUGCUCUGACGCUUGACCCUUCCAUGGUAGUUCCCAAGCAUAUUUGGGAAAUGUGGAUGUGGCUGAGUUGAUGGCAAGAAAGGUACAAGAGAGUGAUCAGCCUGUGUGUAAGCACAGAUGACUGUGUGUCUGUGUGUGUUUGUGUGUGUAUGAAAGUGAUGUUGACUACGGGGUGUGUUUGUGAGAGCUAGCUGCCUUAGACCUCCCUGGCACAUAGUAGGCCCUCCAUAAAUGUUAUGUAAAUGGAUGGAAGGAAAGAAGGAAGAGAGUGAGUAGGGUUUAGGACCAUCAGACCAUGACCACUGUAGGAUGAUGACAGGUCAGUGUUCCCACUCAGUGUGUCUGACCAUGUGUGUAAGUGCACAAAAUGUCGCUGUAGACGUAGCUCUAUGUUUGAACCUUCCAGGCUACCGUCUUCCACAAGCAUAAGUUCUGAGGAGCUGGGGGCAAGCAGGAAGGGGAGCCUUGCCUUGGGUACCUAAACCCCUGGCCCACCACAGAUACAGGUUCUGAUUUGCACACAGGUUCUGAUUCGCUCAGCCAGAAAUGCCCAUCAGCUGUCAUUUCACUCAUCCCUCUGCCUCUAGGAAGGCCUGAUUGGAGGCAGCUUCCUGGAGGAGGGGGGUGAUCCCUCAUGUUUACGAAGGUCUCCUGGUCCUUAAAUUGGGAAUCACACGCUCCAGUCUAGCUCCUAGAAUCUAUCGACUUGGCUCUCAGGAUCUGAAGCCCAGUACAAGAUAGCUCCAACCCGAGGAGCUAGUGGAACUUGAAUUGGGAGACUCUGGAGACUUGUCUCCCAUCCUGGGACAUUGAGGACCAUGUAGCUAGUGAGUAGACUCUGCCGGGCUUGGAGAACCUCCAGCCUGCAAGUACCUGCCUCCUUCCCAACCAUUCUUGAGACAUUCCAGCUGGUUGGAUCUCAGAGCGUAGCUGCCCACAGAGAAAUUGGGAUGUUCAUUCAGCACUCCAUUACUCAGCACCCCAUGCCCAGCCCUGAGCCCAGACCCAGGGGUGGGGAAACUGAGGCAGGGACAGCCAGAGCCUCCACGCUGGGAGGCCAGGAUGGAGAGCCAGAAAGGACCUGAGCAUCAUCCAGUCUCACAGAAUCAUCCACGUACAAAGGAGGAAACUGAGGCCAGGAGGAGGGCAGGGAGAAACUGUCCAAGGCCUCACAGCAAGGCUUUUGUGGAGCUGGAGUUACUCCCACCCAGGGCCUGUGGAUGGCUGCAAAGGGAGAUGAGAUGCACAUGGAAAGAGGGUUUGACAGGCCCUCUCCAGGACACAGCUGUUCCUGCUUUGAGCAAGGAUGUCUAGCCUGAUGCCAGAGCGCCCUACCACCCCUCAGGUCUGCUGAGGUUGUCUGCUGAGCCAAGCCUCCAAAAUCAUGCCCCUCUCCAUGGCCCAGCAGCUGCCUGAUCUCUAGGGAAGCAGAUGGGGCUCCCGGGGCCAGCCAGCUGCACCUGGGACUGCUGCCUCCGGAGAAGUUCCCAAGGGAAACACACUGACCCAGCAGCUUUGCCAGAGACUCUGGAAUGAGGGGGUGGGUCAGACAUUCCCCCAGGGAGGACUGGAUUGGGAGAUGGAUUCUAGGCUGUGGCCAAUGGCUGAUUGCAGAGAGGGGUGGGGGGAGGGGGUAAAUCUAUUUUUGCGAAACAGAGGGAAGACUUUAUUGUUGUUAUUUUUGGUAAAAUAAAGGAGGCAAACUAAAGUGGCACUGGUGGGAAGCUGUGGUCUGAGUGCCACAUGGUUCCUGGGCAGGCUGUGGAAGAAACUGGGCCAAAUGGAGCAGGGAGGGCUUUUUGUCCUGAGAUCCUGGGCCAUGUGGAGGGUUGAUCGGUGUGGUCAUGUCUGGCCGAGCUCUCCAGGGUAGAGACACCCAGGUUUUCCCAGGGCUCUGGGAAUUCUGGACCCAGAAUUCCUGGGCUGGGCUAGGACUCCCAGAGUAGGGGGUGCUGGCCCUUGCCUUCAGGGAACUCAGUCUCUUGGGAGAGUCUCCUUGUUUCAGCUCAGGUCACCUGGCACUGGCUAUUCCUACCCCACCCCCUUAAUCUGGGUGGUUUAGUGGAGCUAAUGGGUUAAGGGAGAGAGCAGAAACAGUCUUAAUCCUGAUCACAGCAGAGGAAGCCCUUCUCAAGAGAAGGCUGUUUGUUGGGUGUUGGCUAGAGCUCAAAGUGGGGGUGGCAGGACAUGCAGCGGACUCCUGAGCUUAUUCCCAGAAGAUACCUGAGUCUCCUAGCUCAGGUCUUGCUGUCAUUCCACUGCCCCUUGGCGUCAAGUACCCAGACAAGAGCUGAAAAACAGCUUGGUUCUUAAGAGUCACCAAAGGCCCACCUAGAGCUCUCUCCUCUACCUAAGAAGGAGACAGCCUGGCUUUGUGCCCUCCUGGGAGGCAGAGGCCUGAGUUUCAGUCCCAGCCCAGCUCCCCAGGUGCUAGGGCAGGCCCCUUUCCCCUCUAGACCUCAAUUUCCCCAUCUAGUUCAUGACCAGGUGUGGGAGUGAGGAACUGAUUGAUCUCUGAACUUCUUCAUUACUCACGGUCUGUGGAUCAUUCACAAUGGUAACAAUAAUUGCUAAUACUCACUGUGUGUCAGGUACACACAUAUAAUAGUGCUAAAUGCUUGACAUAUAAUAACUUAUUGAAUCAA